AUGGGCCUAGAAAUGCUGCCGGAUGAGAUUGUUUUUUCCCUGACUAACCAGUGGCCAUGUAGAGACUUGCAGAUCAAGACUCUCUCUGCCCUGCUUUCUCCUAGGUUAAACAGCUCGGGAACAUUAGUUGUACAUGGUCCCGAAUCUACUGGCAAGACUGGCCUGUUAAAAUCGUACUUGGCGCUUUCUGGUCUGCAGCAUGCAUUUAUUCCGUGCUCCGAGUGCAUUACUGGUCGUCACUUCUUAGAGCGAACUCUGGCCGCUUGUGUGGAAGCCAUCGAAUCGGCGACUCAAGUCUCUUUGGACGGCGUCAUUCCUGCGAGAUGUGAAAAUCUAAGCACACUGACUAGCUCUUUGGACCGCCUCUUGGAAGGAGUCGACAAAUUUGUACUGGUUCUGGACGGUAUUGAUGAGCAAAGAGAGGCUCCUCCGACUCUGCUGCCUACACUAGCACGUCUGGGUCAACUCAUACCAUGUCUCAGCGUUGUCAUGAUUGUCACCUAUCCUCACCCGCGGCUUCUUCAUCUUCCAGGAGCUCCGCACAUCUACUUCUCACCAUAUACACGCGAACAAGCCAUCCAAAUCGUUUGCUGCCAGCCCCCGCACAUCUUCAAUGAGCCUCUCUCGCCGUCUGCCAACUAUUCGGAAGAACUCUCGGCCGAGGAUGAUGCAUGGCUCUGGUCACGGUACUGCGCUGCUGUUUGGGACUCUCUGGCCAGUGGUGCUGCGCGAGAUGUUGUGACUUUCAGAUCUAUACUUGACAAGCUCUGGCGGCCUUUCGUCCAGCCAAUAGUCGAUGGCACAUAUGGCACUCGAGACUUCAGCAAACUCAUGGUGGCACAGCGCAAACUCUUUCAGGCUGAGAAAUGUCUGCUCGAUUCUGUUAUUGACGAGCCCCCAGAGGAUGCUGGUAUCCUGACUGAUGUUACUCACGACUUACCUUAUUACUCCAAGUGGUUACUCUGUGCCGCUUACCUUGCCUCCUUCAACCCGGCCCGCCAAGACAACAUCUACUUCAUGAAAGCUACAGAACGAAAGCGGCGCAGAAAAGGCGGCGGUGCUAUUGCUGGCCGCGAAUCUAAGAAUCGCAAGAUCCCAAGACAUCUGCUCUCACCAAGUCCCUUCCCACUGGAUAGACUACUGGCCAUUCUACACGCCGUCUUGCCGCAUGAUCUCGUCCCGACAAUGGACAUAUAUACACAACUGGCAACACUCUGUUCCCUACGUUUGCUCUUGAGGACCGCGGUCAUUGGCGGUGAUGUGCUGGAGCCGGGCGCCAAAUGGAAGGUCAACUUCGGAUGGGAAUAUGCACUCAAGUUGGCUCGGAGUGUUGGCUUUGACAUCACGGACCAUGUAGCUGAGUGA